AUGGCGGUGGAGAGUGUGAGUGUGGGUUUCAAAGUGUACUGUCUGACGGUGAUGACGAUGGUGGCCGCCACGUACACGGUGGCUCUGAGAUACACCCGCACCAUCUCAUCAGGAGACAUGUACUUCUCCACCACCGCCGUGUGCCUCACCGAGGUCAUCAAGCUCCUCCUCAGCCUUGCCAUGCUCUCCAAGGAGACGGGGAGUCUGGGCAGGUUAAAGAAUGCCCUCGUGGAGCACAUCUUAUCCAGUCCCAAAGAGCUGCUGAAGCUCAGUGUCCCCUCUGUGGUCUACGCCAUCCAGAACAACAUGGCCUUCUUAGCUCUGAGUAACCUGGACGCAGCAGUGUACCAGGUGACGUACCAGCUGAAGAUCCCGUGCACUGCUCUUUGCACGGUGCUGAUGCUGAACAGGUCUCUGAGUCGCCUGCAGUGGGGCUCUGUGUUCAUGCUCUGUGUGGGAGUCACCAUGGUCCAGUGGAAACCAGCGGAGGCCAGUAAGGUCCAGAUUGAGCAGAACCCGCUCCUCGGGUUCAUGGCGGUCGCGGUGCUGAAGAGCUCGGACACGUCCCUGUGGGUGAGGAACAUACAGAUGUACAUCUCUGGGAUCGUGGUCACUCUGGUCGGGGUCUACAUCACCGACGGACACAACGUCCAGGAGAAGGGUUUCUUCUUCGGAUACACGCCCUGGGUCUGCUUUGUCGUGUUCCUGGCCAGUGUGGGAGGUCUCUACACUUCUGUGGUGGUGAAAUACACAGACAACAUCAUGAAGGGUUUCUCUGCUGCGGCUGCCAUCGUCCUGUCCACUGUGGCCUCCGUCUUCCUCUUUGGACUGCAGAUCACUCUGGCGUUUGCUUCUGGUGCGUUGCUGGUGUGUGUCUCCAUCUACCUGUACGGCCUUCCCAAACUGGACACCAGCAAACUCCCGCAAAAAGAUGCCGACAAGGAGCUCAAAGAGAAACUCAUCUCAGUGUGA